CGGGUUCUCGAGGAGAUUACUCUUCAGCGAGGCUUGCAGGUCCGGCCCAGCACUGGCCGUCAGACCCGUCUCAGAGGGCUUGGGAUUCGAGUCCGGCUUAGGACUCGACACACUGUCCACCACGGCAUGGUUCUGGUUCUGGUUCUCUUGCACGUUGGUGGACGGGUGAGCCCGCGGCGUAUUGCGCUGGUACGGGCCAUAUCGACGCCGCACCGUGGCGCCCUCGUCGAUGAACUUCCGGGUCUGGGGAUAGCCCGGGCAUUCAAUGCCGGCCGUGGCACAGCGCUGGCAGCCGGGGCGUGUCUCAUCGCACUAACAGCGUCAAUAUCAUCAUCGUCGACUCUUGGCUGA